UUUUUUUUUUUUAUAAACAUGGCCAAAAGAGAAACAUGCUUGUGGAUAUUUCCUAUUCGAUGGGGUGUCUUUGUUAUAUCGUUUAUCAUUGCAGGAGUAUCAGCGGCUUUAAUUGGAGCGACAUUUUUACAUAAGAACCCAAUGAUGAUCCAUUUGGCAGUGAUUCAUUCUGUCUUGCCCUGGGUGUAUAUUAUUGUUUUAGCUGUAACUGGCGUGAUUGGACUCUUUGGUACAAUAGCUGCCAUUGCGGGUAAUCACGGGUUUAUGGUUUUUUACAAAAUCGCCGUCUGGCUCAUGACCUUCUUCCUUGUCAUUAUUUGGCAAAUCAUUGUAUUUAUUUUGGCGUUGGUCAAUCGCAGUAAGACCACCGAAGCUUGUAACAAGGCAAAUCCUGCUACCAGCCAGGACUAUAACUCGACAGAAAAUGCCAGUGUCAGCUUCCAAGGGUAUACAACUACUUUAUUAGGUGUAAAUAUGGGUGAUACCUAUGGUGUUGCCAAUUGUGAUCAAGCUGUACAAGCGGGUAUUAUUGGUGUAGCCGUCUUGCUAUUUGUGGGUGGCAUUGUCACUACGUGGUUUGCAUUUGGCGUGAAUAAAUGUGCAAGAAGUUUAGAUACCAAUUACAUGGGCUCUCAUGCAAGAACCGCACGCUGGGAUGAUAAUCUUGAUCAAUUACAAUCCGCGUAUGCCAAGGAUAAAAAGAACGCACCACAAUACCCAUUAAAAGACCUUAAUAAGACGAGUAAAUUCUCGCGUGGUUUGAUGAAAUUGAAAUUAAAGAAAUAA